ACACAGAGUUUGACCAGUCUACUGUUCGCCUGCAACAGUGACGGCUUGCGAGUCUAGGAUUCCACUGUGUGUGGUUUCAUCCAAGUGGGUUGUUUCGACAGUAGUACUUUCAGCUGCUCGGAUGCUGAAGGAAAAACCGUCAAGUUCAGCACCACGCUUGUCGGACAUGGAACAGCCUCUGCCAGUUUAGACCAACAGCAGUGUUUUAACGAAUGGCUGUCUGGAAACCCACAGUUCACUCUAUCCUCUAGCAAUGGAAAACCUUUUCGAGCCAUGCCGACUGAGGGCACUGUCAUCGUUCCCCCAGCUGUUACUUCAUCUCUUCCUGACUGGGUUGUUGUGCUCAUUGUGGUGAUCAUGCUGGUGGUGGUGGUCGUUGUACUGGUUCUGGCGGUGGUUAUUCUGCUCGUGAGGAGAAAGCCUAAAUCUCCAAAGACAAGAUCUGAUAACUUGCCUCACCACCUGAUGAACGAUCAAGAUGAUAUCUCUGUGUCUGGCCACUCCAUUGGUAUCGUGGAGAACCCUCUCUUUGCCGACAAUGAUGGUUUGGAGGAGAUGCCGAGCUAUGCUGCUCUGUCUGCCAAAGAGAAGGCCGCUGAGGCUGAGUUGGAGAAGGGUUAUCCUGACAUGCCCACAUCCACUGGGAAAGGUUUCUCCAUAAACUUUGAACCUCCAGAAGAGUACUAGUAUAUAGUUGUAAGACUUUCUGUAUAGUUUUAUAGACAAUAGAUUAUUUGCUUUACAAGCUAGUGACCAUGAGACAUGUGAGAGUGUAAAAAUUGGUGACCAUACAUGAGACAUGCAUUUGUG